GAGCGGAGGUCCGGGCUCCGGCCCUGUCCCGCCGAGGGCGACCGGCCGGCUGUGGGUCGUCGGCCGCGGUGCAAACCCCCCCCGUGAAAAGCUUUCCGGGAUGCUAAUUUGAAAAAGAGUCCUGGGUUUUGUGGCUUUCGAAAUGCUGUGUGAUGAUCUACGUGGUUACCCUUUCCCUACUGCUCCUCCUGUGGAUCCAUUUGCAAAAAUCAGAGUGGAUGACUGUGGAAAAACCAAGGGAUGCUUUAGGUACGGUAAACCUGGAUGCAAUGCAGAGACCUGUGACUACUUUCUAAGUUACCGUAGAAUAGGAGCUGAUGUUGAAUUCGAGUUGAGUGCUGAUACCGAUGGCUGGGUGGCGGUGGGAUUCUCCUCAGACAAGAAAAUGGGAGGAGAUGAUGUCAUGGCUUGUGUUCAUGAUGAUAAUGGAAGAGUCCGAAUACAGCAUUUCUAUAAUGUUGGUCAGUGGGCUAAAGAAAUCCAGAGAAAUCCUGCUAGAGAUGAAGAAGGGGUUUUUGAGAACAAUCGUGUAACAUGUCGAUUCAAGCGUCCUGUAUAUGUUCCCCGAGAGGAAACCAUCGUUGAUCUGCAUUUAAGUUGGUACUAUCUGUUUGCUUGGGGCCCAGCAAUUCAGGGUUCUAUAACUCGCCAUGAUAUAGACUCACCACCCGUAUCAGAGCGUGUUGUCAGUAUCUACAAGUAUGAAGAUAUUUUCAUGCCAUCAGCUGCCUAUCAGACCUUCUCUUCUCCAUUCUGCUUGCUCCUCAUUGUUGCACUGACCUUCUAUUUAUUGAUGGGAACCCCAUGACCGAUGGAAGAUAGCAAGAAUUUGUCAGCAGAAGUUCCUCAGGAUGGACAGCUAUACAGAUGGACGAUGCAUUUUUCUAUCAGAAUUUAUAUCUCACCACCAUCCUCAUCUAGCUGCUUUUGAACAUAGUUAGCUUCUCAGGAGCAUGCAAUAACCAUCUCCUUUGAGUGGCAGAGUGGUGACAAAUCAUUUAAGAAUAAUCAGUGAACACAUAGGAGAAUAUUUUCAGUGUUGUGACUACUUGCUUAAAGAAAAGGAAACUUUUGUAAAAUCAAUGUGUGUGCGUGUGGGUGUGUAUGUGUGGGAGGAGUGUCUGUAUGCGUGUUUAGGCAAAUUUAGUGAUGGACUUCUGGUCAGAUAACAGAAUUGACUUCCAAAUUGCUCCCAAAAGGCAAAUUUGGGAAAAUGUUAUAAUGCUGUUUGGUACUUCUGGAGCAGACAGCACAACUCCAAGUGCAGUUUCUGAACUUAAGAUCUGGAUACCGACACGGCAGUAUAAAACCUGCCCUUCAGUAAUGGACAGUUCUCUCUUUUUUUUUUUUUCAUAUUUACCAAGGUUUACUUGCUCCGGUACUUUCCAAAACUAAACUUGCAUAAUCAAGCAUUAACAUGAUUUUUUUUUUAAUGGAAAAGAGGUGAUGAAUGUCUACAAUAAUAGUGUCUCAAGAGCUUUCUUGAAAGAAAUGGCUACUUCUUUUAUAAGUGAGAUACAAAGUUAUUUAAACCAGGGGAAGGGAGAAUACAGUAAUGUAAACUCUACAUGCAUAGGAAAAACAGGUGUAAAACAUACAGAAUAUAGAAGUUCCCAAUAAGCCAUAGGAUGUCCUCCCAAUAGAUUAAAUCAAUUUUUCUCUUUUUAUGAAAAAACAAUAAUUUUGCUGACAUGUAAAUAUGUUUUUAAGCAGUUGUGUAGUAGUAUGAAGUAAUCGUGUUCUUCUGUGUUGUAUGCCUGUAUAUCCUGUUCAUGUUAAAGAUUAAUAUGGGCAGCUGAUGAUAACUUAAAAAGAAACAGAAAUAUAAUUAAUAUUAUUUGUAAGGAAAGAUAGGGAUUAAUAAGAAGAGCAGUAUCUUCUAAAUGUAAAAUUGCUAAAAUGUAGUUACUGUGAAAAAAGAUAAGCUGAAGAGGAAAUACAUUAGAUUUUUUUAUCACUAAUAAAUAUUUCAAAGAUGAAUGCUAAAUGUUACAGAAAUUGAAAGUGUCAAAAUGUAUUUACAAGCCACAGAAUAUUGUGAAAAACUUUGAGUUCUUGUGGAGACUUUCUGUUCUUCACAUGACUGGAAGUGUAUGACACAUGUUUACAUAUAGCAGUCAAAUGUGCAUAGAUAAGGUUGCUCAUUCACUUCCCAACUUGCAUUGAAAUUCUAUUUAAAUAGAAUUAAAAUUUAAAUUGUGCCAAAGUUCUAUCUAAUGUGGUAUGCUUGAGGACUCUGUAACAGGAUCUGGUAAAGUAUGUGAUGGACCUCCUUUCUAUUCUCAUUGCUGCAUAGAGUUCAAAAAGAUUAUCUAGCUUUGCAUCAUUAUUCUCAGACUGAAGUUUGUAGACUUAAUUUUUUUGGGCUCAGCAUUCUUCAAGCCUAUGCUUAAAGUAUAUGAAUUGGAUUGAAAAUUAAUUUCUCUCCAUCACAAACACUUUAUCCCUGUUUCAAAAGAAAGACUUCUUAGUAAUAUAUAUUUUCAUUGAUGUCUUUAAGUAUUUGUUCACUUAAAAUACUGGAGUAGAGUUCAGGAGAGGGAAGAGAAAUUCAGAAUGAAGUGAUCUUUAAAAGUGCAUAUAGUAACUUUAUUUGGCAUAAAUUAUUUCUCUCAAGUUGGAUAACCUACUGAGCAUCUGAUGAAGGAUAUAGUAGAGACAAUCUAAUAUGGAAGGUCUGUUUUGGUCUACAAUAGCUGUAAAAUUUAGCCUUAAGAUUGGCUGAAGCAGAUAGCUGAAGCCUGGAUGUUGAGUUUUAUAUUCAGCAACCAGGUGAAGUGAGGAAAUCAUUAGGACAAAUUCUUCUUGUUUGUGCUAAUUUGUAGGCAGCAGAGAUAGUGCAGUUCCUUCUCAGCUAUUUAAAGUAGCCUCAGGGUUGCUUUAGUUUAUGGCCUUAUAUUUACAUUUUUACUUUCAGGCAUUUACCUGCUUACCCACUAAAAGGCUAAUCUGAUAAUUUAAAAGUACUGAAAUAGGAUAGAAACCCAUUUUGGCUCCUCUUUCCUUCUUUAAUACAGUGCUGGAUUUAGGAUAGCCUGUCUGGACCUGAGCUCCAGAGGUAUGUUAAAGAGGACGAUCCCAAGGUAAAUGUACAACACCCAUAAAACUGCUUUCCACUUACCUGGAGUCAUACGUGUUUAAAGUUCAGACUCUAAAGCGACAGCAAAUUCAGAGUAGAGGCAGAGCUAUUUAAGGAUACGUCUGCCACAAAGUAUAAACUACUUCAAUCUUCAGCUGUACCUAUGUUCUCAAUUAGGGUAAAAAAAACCCUUUUUUUUUUUCAAUGUAUUUAUCAGUGUGUUGUCUGGUGUUUUUGUCAUCAUACUUUUCUCUUGUUGAAGUAUUAGCAGAAAUGUGCACUUCUAUAAAAACUUUCAACCAAGCUUCAAAGUAUUUAAUUAGCACUAAUUAAAUAUUUCUAAUCAAAUGGGAGGAAAUAAAAGGCCACAACAAGCAACAAAGCAAUCUGUUUUCUUCAGCAUUUUAACUGAUGACAGAGUUUAGCACUGAGCUUGUCUGAGAGUUGUUCUUCAGAGUGGAAAAAGCAGGAAACUGAGAUUUAAGUCAACAAACAAAGAAGGUAAAAGUCUUUAGAAAGUACUAGUCGGGAAGAAAUAUAAGAAAAAGGCCAUAAAAGAAAUGAAAGCACUUUAACUCAGUGGUAUUUAAUUUUGUAUGACACUUGGUAAGUCUUAACAUUUGAGUGGGCAUAGUAACUUGUCAUGGAAGGUAUUUUGGUUUUUUGUUUGGUUGGGUUUUUUUAACACUGAAAAGCAGGAUUGACCCCUGUUAUACAAAGUUACUACAAAAUAAUUUUCUUCAAAGUAGUUAAGUGAUUAUGGCAUCCAAAUAGAUUUUUUGAUUUUUCUAAUUAACAGGUACCAACACAAGCUAGAGGAAAAGGCCUCCUUUGGAAAAAGAGGCAGACAUUUACUUCUCUAAAUCAUUUUGGUUUCUUUAUGGUGCCUACUAGCAAGCAGCUGUUAACGAACACAGUUUCAAAAUGCUUUUAUUUUGAGAAUUACUUGCUGAAGAGUGACAUAUAGAGGCAUAGAAUUUCAAAAGUGCAUGUUUAGAGUAUGGUGUUAUGGAGUAUAGAGUAUUUAUAAUUUUAACUUUGAUUAUUAAUUAGAAAGAUAGGACUGGCAAAGCCCAUAAGGCAUUAAUUAAUGUCCUUGGAUACAUUAUUUCCAUGUAGGACAGAAUUCCGUUGUGACCAUUGGUUGUUACAUUAACCAUAUUAUCACCCUCUGCUCACUCUGUCCAUCUUAUUUAGAAUGUUUUAUACUUAAAGUUUGUAAGUUAGUUGGAAGAGAAAUCAGCUGCUUGUAUUUGUGACAGUGCCUAUUGCAUAGGGACCUUGUUUUGUGACUGUAGUGUCUGACUGGUACCCUGCUACAAAUAGUAAGCUAGACAUGACAUUAAUAAUAAUUAGAAAAGAGAGAAAAAUAAGUGGUGAGGAUAGACUUUUGAAAAGUAAUUUUUUUUCCUUUGCUAUAUAUAUAUAUUUAUGUUUAGGUGAGAUACUCUUAGAUGGUAAUUGAUUCCCCCCCAAGGAAAAAAAAAAAAAGCCUAGCUGAUUUGACUAUGUUUUUGGCUACGAGGUGAUGCUUUCUUCAAAAUUCUGUCAUUAUAAGGGAAAUACUUGGGUUUUGAAAGAGAACAUAUUGAAGAGAAAAGUUUGAAAUCCCUCUGUCGCCUUCUUGUCUUUCUUGAUUGGUUUUGUAAUACUUGGAUAGCAAGAAAUAAAACCACUUGUGGUUUCCCUAAUAUGAGGAAACACCACCCCCCCACACCCCCCCUGAUUGGGUUAAAAAUUGUGAAAGCUGUGUUUGUCACUGACGUUUCCAGUCUUUUAACACAGGGAUUAGAGAAUGACUGGAGCGUGGUGUACAUCAGCAAUCCCAGGCAGCAGUUUUGAAGCUCACUUGGGACACCAUAUCCUGGGUCUGAACCAAGAAGUAGAGCCCUGCAACUGCCUCCAUGUGCUCAAUGGCUACUGUGAAAUGGAAAUAACAAACAGCACAACCCAUCCUACAACAAAUCCCUUAAAUAUGCAGAUCUUCUUUUGCCAAACUGUGGAUGGUGUUCUUACUGUGAGUGUUAAUGUCUAGUCUUUCUCUGAAAAGUACCACACUCCUUGUCACUAGCCUAUGUCCUGUCCCCGUUUCCAUGGAUGCCUUAUGCUAUUUAGUUAGAUAGAUGAUCCUGAGAAGUCUUAGUCUAGCUGUGAAGAAGAGUUAGUGGGUAAGGAGGACUGACACACAGCUGUCUUCAUGAUUAUCCAGGUCACAAAUAGAAAUCUGUGUCAUUGAUGAUACUCCAGUCAUCUGUAACUAAAUGACUGAUGUAACUUUAAGAGAAGGUGCAGGUCUUCUUAUUUUUUGUCUGUCUUCUCUUUACUUUCUCAUCCAUCCAGUGCAUCAGACACUUAUAAAGAAACAAAUUUUUCUCUUUUUAGAGAAUAGACCAUCUGUCUGGUCUUUAUGGGUUCACUGGAAGUUUGUGCCAUGCCAUACUCUAGAGGCAGAAUUAAACCUUAUAUACAAACUUGAUAACUUUUAUCAGCAUUUAAAUUACAUUUUGACUCAUUGGUUUCCUUGGUAUGACACACUGAUGUGUAGCAGGUGUAUUUUUCCUGCCCUCCUCCCCCCUCCCUUCUUUUUUUUUUUUUUUUUUUUAACAUCUCCAAAUAGUUUCCCUAAAGAAAAAUAUUUGGUAAUAGCUUUAGGAGAAGGAAACAUGUACUUCACAGAAUUACAAAAGGUCUAAUAUCACUUAUUUUCAGAGAUACCCAUUGUGCUAGUAUUUUAUAUGAAGUAUAACUUUGUAUAGAUCCUUAGAUUUAUGAUAGAAGUAGAAACAUGUUUAAAUAUUAUAGUUGGUUUUGGUGCUUCAUGGAGCUGUGUAUGUGCAUAAUCUGCAUGAAUUGGCAUCCUCUGUUUGAACUCUGACUCCACAGUGUGUAAUGAACAGGCAAAGUGUCUGCUUGAAUGCUACACACUGAGGCAUUGGUGACCUCAGAUAGUUUGGGAUAGAAGAAUGGAGAGACUGGUAGUAAGGCUGGAUGACAAGGAAGGACUAAUGGUUUUGGCACUCUUCCUAUUUUUGUAUGUGUUUACAUGUGGUUGAGCACAUCUGGUACUUUUAUCACAAGCAAAUAUUAAUUGAUGUGAAUAGACGGAACAGUCUGACUUUAAGUCAACUUUAAUGCAUGUCCUAGCUGCAUAAGGGCUGAUGUGGGGACAAGGUGAGACUGUGCCUCAAGAUGUGUACUCCCCUGAUACUCCAAGGUAAGAGCUAGAGGCUUGAUCUUGCCUUUAGAGGUAUGAAAACCUGUCAGGACCCUGGAGACAGUAGUGACAGUUGGGUGCUGUGCAUUUACCUGCUCACUGGCCGUUUUACAAACUAUUGCUGCAGCAGCUGGAGUAUCAAAAAAUGGAGACUCUGCAUCCGUUCUCAAUAGUUUUCAUUGUACCUUGUCUAUUUCCCUAAUUAACAUUUCACUAUCUGUAUUUCUGUAGCAGUGUGUUAGGGCCUAAUGCAGCUCUCCCACAGCCUGACCAGCAUACAUAAUGGAUAGUUAACUGGGAGGUUUUAAAGAAAAUCUCAAUUUCCCAAAAUUAAUCAAAA